UGUUCGUCAAAUGAUUUGGGUGUCGGUUUUCGGUCUGUGUGUUUACAGCUUAACUUUUCAACAUUUUGAGUGUUUAACUGCUCUUUUCACAUCCUCUUUUCUUCCUCCAAUAAUUUGAAACAUACCUGAAUGCAUAUCUCUCGAAGUUUCAGUUCUUAUUGUCCCCCCGCAACUUCUUCAAAACUUUUAUGCUGUACAUUUUGCUCCGUGCAGUGAAUGCAUAUAAAAAUCUUCAUUGAAUGUUUGCUUUAUAUUACGAAUUGUUAUUGAAGAUACAUAAGUAUAUAAAUCUUAGAAUUUGUUUAAUAUUUCUUUUUAUUACAAUGUUGUCGAGCUUAGUUAAAGAACAUCAAUCAAAACAAGCUGUGAAACGAGAAGAAUUAGAAAAGAAGAAAAAGGAAGCAGUUGUUGCUGCAAGUACUUUAACUUCAGCUCUAGUAGAUCAUUUGAAUGUUGGAGUUGCUCAAGCAUAUCUAAAUCAAAAAAGGUUGGACCAGGAAUCAAAACAGUUACAUAUUAGUGUCACAAAUUUUGCCAAACAAACAACUCAAUGGUUGCAGCUGGUUGAAAAUUUUAGUCAAGUUUUAAAAGAAAUUGGUGAUGUUGAAAAUUGGGCUAAAAGUAUUGAAAGCGACAUGAGGACUAUUUCAAGUGCAUUAGAAUAUGCUUAUAAAGUUGGUCAAGAUGAAACUUGAAAUACAAGCAAUAAACAAAAGAUUUAUUUUAGAUGCACAUUUAUCAAUUAAUUUAUUCAUUUUUGUAUAAAUUGAAACAUUUUCGCAAAGACUUUCAGUUUUCAAUUUUGUAUUUACAUAAAUUUUAAAUAAAACAAGAUGUUUUUAAUAUAAUGCUACAACAUUUUAUGUAGCUUAAAUAAUUUGUUGUAAUAAAAUUUCUUUG